CGGUGCGGGAGGAGGAGGGAGGGGAGCUCGCGGGCCGGAGAGGGGGCGACGGCGGCGGCGGCAGUGCCCUGAGGAGGCCCGAGCGGCGGCGGCGGCGGCGGCGGAGGAGGCCGAGGCCGAGGCCGAGGCGGUGGUCCCAACAGAAGGCCUGCUUUAAGGUGAUGCUGCCUCAGUCAUGUGGUCGGAGGGUUCCCUGUCAUGGAGGGCUGGGUGCAGGGCAGUGUGAAGUGCCGCCAUCAGAUUUUCACCCUCUUCUACCAGAGUGGGUUGGCAGCCCACAGCAGCACUUCCCAGUUUUGUGACUGAGGACAAGUUACUUGACUUUGCCAGAACUUAGCUUUCCACAGCUAAAAAAUGAAGGAGUCUGGAGGGACGUGGCUGGAUCAAGACCCCCAAUGUGAACACGCUCGCUCCUCCCCUCACCGCCCUCUGCUACCACGCCAGGGAACAUCCUCGAGCCCUGGCCCCCAGGGGAGAGGGAGCAGGAGCCCAGAGCCGAGACCAUGUGACGGCGCUGGCCCUUGCCACCGCCGUCCCCCCAACCCUGGCCCCAGGCCCGGCACCAUGAUGUUCCGAGACCAGGUGGGCAUCCUCGCUGGCUGGUUCAAAGGCUGGAAUGAGUGUGAGCAGACAGUAGCCCUGCUGUCUCUUCUGAAGCGGGUCACCCGUACCCAGGCUCGCUUCCUGCAGCUCUGCCUGGAGCACUCAUUGGCGGAAUGCAGUGACCUCCACCUGCUGGAGUCGGAAGCCAACAGUGCUGAUACUCACCACAGCCAGGACUUGGAACCCUGUCUGGGUCCCCCCGGGGUGACAGGGACUCCAGUAUCUGAUGCAGCAUCCCUUGCCUCCCAGAGAGCACACACAUCGGCAGGAAGUGGAUUGCAAUUAGACUAUCUGGGACUCAAACCAGCCAUCGUCAGCCAGUGGCAGCAGGAGUCCAAAGAGAAGGUGGUGUCCCUCCUGUUGUCCCACCUGCCCCUGCUUCAACCAGGCAACACGGAGGCCAAGUCGGAAUAUAUGAGGCUCCUGCAGAAAGUUCUGGCCUAUUCGAUCGAGAGCAAUGCCUUCAUUGAGGAAAGCCGCCAGCUGCUCUCCUAUGCUCUCAUCCACCCAGCCACCACCCUGGAAGACCGCAACGCGCUGGCCCUCUGGCUGAGCCACCUCGAGGAGCGGCUGGCCAGCAGCUUCCGUGCCCGGCCAGAGCCUUCCUACCACUCGCGCCAGAGCUCGGAUGAGUGGGGGGGCCCUGCAGAGCUGGGCCCUGGAGAAGCAGGGCCAGGCUGGCAGGAAAAGCCACCCCGGGAAAAUGGACACGUGCCCUUCCACCCAGCUAGCUCGGUGCCGCCAGCCAUCAACAAUGUUGGGAGCAAUGCCAACACAGGUCUCCCCUGCCAAAUCCAGCCCAGCCCGCUGAAGCGCUCCAUGUCACUCAUCCCCACGAGCCCGCAGGCCCCUGGGGAGUGGCCGAGUCCAGAGGAGCUUGGCGCCCGGGCUGCCUUCAGUACGCCCGACCACGCCCCCCUCUCGCCCCAGAGCAGCGUGGCCUCCUCCGGCAGUGAGCAGACGGAGGAGCAGGGCUGCAGCCGCAACACGUUCCAGGAGGACGGCAGCGGCAUGAAAGACGUACCCUCGUGGCUCAAGAGCCUCCGCUUGCACAAGUACGCGGCCCUUUUCUCACAGAUGAGUUACGAGGAGAUGAUGACACUGACCGAGCAACACCUGGAGUCUCAGAAUGUCACCAAAGGGGCUCGUCACAAGAUAGCCCUGAGCAUCCAGAAGCUGCGUGAGCGGCAGAGCGUCCUCAAGUCCCUGGAAAAGGAUGUGCUGGAAGGCGGGAAUCUGCGAAAUGCCCUGCAGGAGCUGCAGCAGAUCAUCAUCACCCCCAUCAAAGCCUACAGUGUCCUCCAGGCCACAGUGGCCGCCGCUGCUGCUGCCGCCGCCAGCCCUGCUGCCAAGGAUGGCAGUCGGGGGGAGCUGCCUGGUGCUGAGCCUCCCCCAGCCCAUCCGGGCGCAGACAAGGGCACCAAGGUCACGGAUCCUCCAGCUGCCGAGAGCUACCCCCCUCCACCAGCUCCAGCUCCCACCGAUGGCAGUGAGCCAGCCCCAGCUCCCGUAGCCGACGGAGACAUCCCCAGCCAGUUUACACGGGUGAUGGGUAAAGUGUGCACCCAGCUGCUGGUGUCCCGACCAGAUGAAGAGAACAUCACCAGUUACCUCCAGCUCAUCGAAAAGUGCCUGACUCACGAGGCUUUCACAGAGACACAGAAGAAACGGCUGCUGUCCUGGAAACAGCAAGUGCUGAAGCUCCUCCGGACAUUCCCACGCAAAGCCACGCUGGAAAUGCAGAACUACCGGCAGCAGAAAGGCUGGGCCUUCGGCUCCAACUCGCUCCCCAUAGCUGGUUCUGUGGGGAUGGGAGUGGCUCGGCGGACCCAGCGCCAGUUUCCAAUGCCUCCCCGGGCCUUGCCACCUGGCCGGAUGGGCCUCCUGAGCCCCUCGGGCAUCGCGGGCGUCUCCCCUCGACAUGCCCUUACCAGCCCCAGCCUUGGGGGCCAAGGCCGACAGAACUUGUGGUUUGCCAACCCUGGAGGCAGCAACAGCAUGCCCAGCCAGAGCCGCAGCUCCGUGCAACGUACCCACUCGCUCCCAGUCCACUCAUCACCCCAGGCCAUUCUCAUGUUCCCUCCAGACUGCCCAGUCCCUGGGCCCGACCUGGAGAUCAAUCCCACCCUGGAGUCCCUGUGUCUGAGCAUGACAGAACACGCUUUGGGGGAUGGGACAGACAAAACCUCCACCAUCUGACAGGACCCACAGCCCAGCGCACCAUAGGCUCCCUGGGCGGCGGGCGGGGGCCGACCCCCAACAGGCUUCUCCGCGACAGCGAGGGGGGCUGGCUCAGCUAUACAUUCUAAUAUUUUUCUACUCUCUCA